UUAGGUUGAAAUUAGACAGAGCUGCAGUAUGAAGGGAAUUACUUGAAGUCAGCAAACUGAUAACUAUAAGUUGUCCCGCUGUAACAGCUGCAAAAACAUCCAAAAGAGUGAAGAAGAUAUCAAUCAAACAUACCCACAAAAUCUUGAAAAAAUAAGUGAAAACACAUGUUUGGGUGUGGGUUUGUUACAAGUGUGUAGAGCCUUUGAAGUAAAACUUAAAGCUUAAAAUAGAAAAUACACUUCUGUCUUUUUUGAGUAACUCUACUCAUAUAUUCCAAAUAUCAGUGGAUCUCCUUGUGUAUAGUAACAUUACGUAUACAUGCUCUGUAUGCCACACUGUUGCCUCUAGGGGGAAAUCAUUACACACAGUUGAAGAGUAGAGGCUUCAAGCUUGUUAAUUACCAAAUGCACCAGUGUGAUUAAAUCACUAUACUAUCUAUCAUAAGGACAGUCUGUUAAAUCUACUGUAAUUUCUGUACUCUAUUAUGAUUAGGAGAGCCAUAAGCGUUGCUAAAUGAAUAUUUGCACCCCUCCUCUUCCACUCUCUUUCCUCAUAGGCUUACUGGUUGCGUGAAAAUCCCUCCAUGAAAGCAAGGCUGAAGCCUCACUCCAGGAUUACAGCUUGAGGAAGAUUUAGUGAUUGACACCAGUUGCUCACUUCCUUUCUUCAAGCCUUCUCUCGGUGCAGAAAUAAAUAAAUAAAGAAGAAACUAUAUGGCUGUUACACUGGAUCACUGGACACAGGAUGAGGAGGAAUGAACCCUCAGGAUGGGAAGACUGUUCCCUGAUCCCACGUGGGAGGACUUCAACUGGGACAGGAGGAUAUGCUGACACUUUGAAAACUGCAUGAGAGAGGCUGUGCUAAAAAGAAACUCUGUUGAAGAGUCCAGCAGAGUGAGGGGAAGGUGGGUUCAUGUGGUGUGAAUGGGACAGGAGAGUUGGACUCAAAUGUACAGUUCAGGGAUGAGCAUCACCCCACCGAUGGCACCUUUGUCUCCAGGGCUGAGCGGCAGCCCGCCAAUGGCUUCUCUGUCACCUAAGAAGACCACCUUUCAGUCAUUAGGAUCUCUGUCAUCAGGAAAGUUCUCCCCCUCGCUGGCUAAGGGCUCCUCUCAUGAAGCGAAGCAUGCCUCAAAUCCCUUAAAUUCGCCCACACCGUCCAUUAUGAGCUCCCCAAAACUCUGGCAGAAAGCAUCCAUCUCCAGACUUGCAGAGGAGUUUUUCUGGAUUGGUGGCAGUGUGGUCGCACAGCCUAAAUGGAGGCUGGGUCAGAUAGUGGAGAGGUGCAUGUGCACAAUGCAGACCGGCACUCAGAUGACCAAACUGAAGGGAAAGAAGAAAGGACUCGUCCGAUUCUUUUACCUGGACGAGCACAAGUCCUGCAUCCGGUGGCAGCCCUCCAGGAAACAUGACAAGGCCAAAAUAACUAUUGAUUCCAUCCAUGAAGUCUGCGAAGGGAAAAAGUCAGAGAUCUUCAGGCGGUACGCAGACAACCGCUUCGACCCAAACUGCUGCUUCAGCAUUUACUACGGAGAGCGUGUGAAGUCCCUCGACCUGGUCUCCACCAACGCAGAGGAGACCCGCACGUGGAUCACUGGGCUGAAAUACCUCAUGGCUGGUAUUAGUGAUGAAGACAGUUUGGCCCGGAGGCAGCGCACCCGUGAUCAGUGGUUACAGCAGACUUUCUCUGAGGCCGACAAAAAUGGAGAUGGCACCUUGAGCAUUGGAGAGGUUCACCAGCUGCUCCACAAACUCAACGUGAAUUUACCCAAGCAGAAAGUCAGGCAGAUGUUCCAAGAAGCAGACACAGACGAGAACCAGGGCUCUCUGGGAUUUGAAGAGUUCUGUUCGUUCUAUAAGAUGAUUUCCACACGCAGAGACCUCUACCUGAUAAUGAUCUCCUACAGCAAUCAAAAAGAAGUCCUGGAUCUACACGACCUUGCCCGCUUUCUGGAAAAUGAACAGAAGAUGCGAGGUCUAUCCAGAGAGUAUCUAAUUGACAUAGUGGCCCAAUUUGAGCCAUGUCCUGAGAACCUGCAGCGUAUGGUCCUGGGUAUUGAUGGUUUCACCAACUACAUGCGAAGUCCUGCAGGUGAUAUCUUCAACCCUGAUCACAACCAGGUGAACCAGGACAUGACGCAGCCUCUGUGUAACUACUUCAUCGCCACAUCGCACAACACCUACCUGACAGGAGACCAGCUGUUGUCUCAGUCUAGAGUGGAGAUGUACGCCUAUGUUCUCCAGGCUGGCUGUCGCUGUGUGGAGGUGGACUGCUGGGAUGGGCCAGACGGGGAGCCCAUUAUCCAUCAUGGUUACACCUUGACAUCAAAAAUCCUCUUCAAAGACGUCAUUGAAACAAUUAACAAAUAUGCCUUCACCAAAUCACCGUACCCAGUGAUCUUGUCCAUAGAGAACCACUGCACUGUGCCUCAGCAGAAAAAGAUGGCUGAGUACCUGAAAGAGGUGCUACAGGACAAACUGGACUUGUCCAACGUCAAUGUGCAUGAAUGCAAGAAGCUGCCCUCCCCUGAAAUCCUGAAGGGAAAAGUUUUAGUCAAGGGAAAGAAGCUGCCUGCAAAUCUUGAUUCUGAUGCAGAGGAAGGAGAUGUGUCUGAUGAAGACACUGGGGACGAGGAAGAGGAUGAUGAUGAUGAAGAGGAUAACUCACAGGAUGAGAAUAGUGCUACCUCUGCCAAUCAACCUAAAAAGAAGAGGCGAUUUGCCAGAUCGAUCAUAAGGAGCUUCAAACGAAAGAGGAAAAAGAGAAUCAGAGUGAAAAGUAAAGUUGUGUCUGAUGGAGAAUCGGACUACAGCGGCAGCAGGGAAAGGACACAAAUUGUUUACCAUCCCAAGAAGAGGAAAACAAUGAGGCUGUCCCGAGCUCUGUCUGACCUGGUCAAGUACACAAAAUCUGUCCGUGUGCAUGACAUAGAAACACAAGCAUUUGCGAACAGUUGGCAGGUAUCAUCCCUCAACGAGACGGUUAUGAACCAGAUCUUACAGCUGAAGCCGGGUGAGUUGGUCCGUUUUAACCAACGUCAGCUUCUCAGAGUCUACCCGUCCAACUACAGAGUCGACUCCAGUAACUUCAACCCACAACCAUACUGGAAUGCAGGAUGCCAUAUGGUUGCAAUGAAUUACCAAACGGAGGGACGUAUGCUUGAACUGAACCGAGCCAAGUUUUCAAGCAAUGGAAACUGCGGAUAUAUUCUGAAGCCUAAAUGCAUGUAUAAAGGUGCCUUUAACCCCACUAUGGAGGAUUCUCUACCAGGACACAGAAAGACUCAGUUAGUGCUGAAGAUCAUCAGUGGACAGCAGCUUCCCAAACCCAAAGACUCUAUGUUUGGGGACAGAGGAGAGAUUAUUGACCCCUUUGUGGAGGUUGAGAUAAUCGGUCUACCUGUUGACUGUACAAAGCAGCAGACCAGGGUGGUGGAUGAUAACGGUUUCAACCCUAUGUGGGAGGAGACCCUCGUCUUCAAUAUUCAAAUGCCGCAGGUCGCCCUGGUGCGUUUCCAAGUGUGGGAUCAUGAUCCUAUUGGUCGAGAUUUCAUUGGACAGAGGACUGUAGCUCUCACCAGCAUGAUGCCAGGUUAUCGGCAUGUGUACCUGGAAGGGAUGGCAGAGUCGUCCAUCUUUGUUCAUGUCGCUAUCAUUGAUAUGACAGGAAAGAUUAAGGCCACAAAUGCUGUGAAAGUGGCCAGGAAACACAUCCAAAAAGCAGCCCAGAAACAUAUCAAGGGUCAUCAGAGGCAUCCUUCUGUAGACUUCUCCGUGCAGUCCUCAGAAGACGGACGUAAUCUCUACUUCCGCAAGGAUUUAGACUCCAUCUCACAGGACAGCAGGAAUGGAGAAAUGUCUUUUCUUAUGCAAGGGCCAGCAGCCAAGGCUGCCAUCCACAAAUUGGCCAUGAGUGAGCCAGUGAAGCGUGCUCACAGAGUUAAAAUUCAUGAACCACCAGAGACAAGGAGAGGGAUCUUCAGCCGGAUGUCCUCCACUGACUCGCACCACGUGGUGGUGGCUCCCCGUGUGAUAGCAGAUAGCUUUGACCUUGAGACCUCUUCCCAGGCUUCCUGUCCUGAUAGUCCUGCCCCUGACAGCCAAAAUCCAAUUCAAGCUGAGUUGGAGAAUGAACCCAAAUCACCACAAAUAAACUGCGCUGAGCAGCAGACAGUUCAGAAAAUUGAACCAGAGCAGCCUGAACCAUCUGAGGAAUUACCAACAGAAACAGAGCCAGACAAGGAAACUACCCCUGAACCAGAUCAACCAACAGAAACUGAUUCAGUCCCUGAGCCUCAGCCCGUGCCACAGCCUCAAGCCAAAUCCUCUCCACUUAUCCCUCCAUCAUCCCCGGCCAGGGUCAGACGGACCUUGGAGGCUCCAGCCACCCCCAGACCGUCCACCCCAAUUCGAACAAAGGCCCGCUCACGUAGUUGCCCUCGAAAACCAACUACCUCCCCUCAUACACCCAUGGUGAACCGCAAGCUUGCUUCCCAGUGGCAGGCACAGCGAGCACAAAGCUACGGCAGUUACAGCAAACAGGUGAGACCGAUACCCAACGGUCUCUGCCUGUCCGACAGCACAUCCAGCAGCGAUGGCAGCACUGACAGUCUGGAGUUUGUGCCCUCCUGUGUGCCAGCUGGCACAGAGCAUCGCGAGGGCACCUUGCAGAGGGAGAUGAAGGCCCUUUUUGAUCAGAAGAUGAGAGAGAUCCGCUGUAAAUCACCGCUUUUUCUAGAUGAUCAAACCACAGUUUAGAUUUGUGACACCAUCAAGAUUCUUCAGAAGAUGAUGAAGAAGAGCAACAAAAAGGAGGUUUGAGAAGACAAAAAAGAUGAAGGAGUCACAAAGCAGCGCUGAUGCAGAAUUACACAAUUAGACAGUUUUUAUUACUUUAGAUGUGCUGGAAUGUUUACACACAACACAGUUUUUAUGCAUGAUGAUGACAUUGCCAACUGUACAAAACAGCAAGAUGCAGAGUCACACAUCACUAUUUAUUAGUCACCUUUUCAUUUUUCAAGUAUAAAAUUGAUCAUUUCAACAGUUAUUUUUAUAAUAUUCAAACUUUAAUGUUUGCUUUUUCGGCGAAAUUUUAGAGUU